AACAAUAAAAUUCAGUCUUUUCCCGAACCUCUAAAUAUGGUUGAGUUUAACACAUCUCUAGAAAAUAUGAGUAUUCAAGAGAAAUCUAUUGAUAUUAUGGAUGCUAGUACUGCUUCUGCUACAGUUUCUAAAACUAAUAAUCUGUUGGAUAUUAUGAUAAAUGAGCCAAAUUAUAAAAAUUCUUUUGAGAUAGAAAAUACUGAAACAAUUGACAAAUUAGGAAUUCAAACUGAAAAAAGUUUGAGAAAAUCCAUAUAUGUUCCGGACAGUGACAACAGCAAAAGCAUUUCUCCCAGGUGUGACUUAAGCACAGAGUUGUUCAUACCGGAGAGUGACGGAGAUGACGAUGAUCUGGUCUGCACCCACAUCGAAUACAGAAACAAAUCUCUUGAUAGUUCCGAACUCGACCCCCUAAGAGAGGUCCAACAUCGACGCGAUGCAAACUCGGAUCGGUUGCAGUCUGUGCCCGAAGUCACACGGAAGAAUCGUUCAGCCGACAGAUCGCAAGUGUCAAGCAAGGCACACAGCACUGUAUACAUCUCUAGCGACAGUGAAGACGGCGACGAUGCCAGAUCCAUCGAUCGCUCUACUAAUUUUGCGACAUCGCAGCACAACUUUGUGAUAAUCGAAGACGACUGUCACAUGGACAAACACAACGCAUUAACUCAAAUCGGAAGCGAAAAUCUAUCUGUGGUUCCUAAUAGAAAUUUAUGUCAGAGUUCUGUUGAUUUAAAAUCUCUGGCAAAGUUUGUGGAAGACGAAACUAUGGAAUUUAGUAGGGACAAUUCGGAAAUUUCAAUUGUGGACAAAGAAAAUCGAUUGUUAACGGAUAAAAACGGGACGGAAACGAUGUUGUCGUUUGUUAAGCGAAUAACACCGCUCAGAGUAUCCAAAUCAUCCGAUUACGGGGCGAACAGUCCCUUUCAGAAAGCCCUGAAAGCUUCGAUGGAACGAUAUCCGGCUACUUCCAGUCCCUUGGGAUCUGCCGGGAAGUCCAUCAAGCCGGUUCCGAUGUUGUUGGACGAUAAAAGUUACGACAAAAUAACCGAUGUCUCCGUCAUAUCUUCGGAGGACGAAGAAUCGACGGAAGACCUGUCUGCAAUGGAUAAAUACGAAAGUUCUUCAGAGGAAAGUGCCAUUAUUAGUGCAUGCAAGAAGAAGAAAAUUAUCAUUUCAGAUAGCGAGUGAAUUUUGAUACUGUAUUUAUAAAUUUUUUUAUAUAAGAUUAUUUUUUCAUUGUAUAAUUUUAUAGCCAUG